AUGAAAUUAUCAAAAUAUUAUAUUUUCACAAUAUAUUUUCAUGGGUUUCUUAAUGCAUUUUCAACAUGCAACUAUAAAUCAAUAAGAUGUAAUAAUAUGAAUAUUUUAUUAAAUCAUUUUUCUACAAAAAUGCCAAAAGGUUUAGCUAAAGACCUUAAAAAUAAACAAUCUAUACAGGAAAAAACAACUAUUGAAUCUCUUCCCAGUUAUUUAAAAAAAAAAGAUAAUAAUUUGUUAAUAAAUCUACGUGUUAAACCGAAUGCAAAAAACACGUCUAUAUACUUUAACGCAGAUACAGAAGUUCUUAAUAUAAAUAUACAAGAGCAACCUGUUAAUAACCAAUCCAAUGUUGCCAUUAUAAGUUAUUUUUCUGAUAUAUUAAAUUUGAAGAAAAGAGAUAUAUCCAUUGUUGCAGGAUUAAAGUCAAGAGACAAGGUUUUAAUGGUUUCAAAUAUUUCUGUAGAGGAUUUAAGCAAUAAAAUAAAUCAAAACGUAGAAUAA